CUCCAUAUACCCUCAAUUAUGGCUCAAUUCAAGCUGUCAGCGAGUUUGACAGGUCAUGAGCAAGACGUCCGCGCCGUAACCUCCCCAAACGCAUCCAUCGUCCUCUCGGCAUCCCGUGACGGCACCGUCCGCUCCUUCGUCCGGAAAGCGGAAAAUGGUCCUUUUGAGGCACAUGAAGUCUACACAGUGCACCGCGGUUUCGUCAAUUCCUUGGCAUACAUUCCCCGGUCGGACAAGCACCCACAGGGAUUGAUCGUAAGCGGUGGUCAAGACAAGUUAAUUGCCGUUACGGAACCUGGACAUACGCACGAUAGCAACUAUGUUCUCUUCGGGCAUACGGAGAAUGUGUGUACGCUUGACGUACUUCCCUCGGGCACGGUCGUCUCCGGUUCUUGGGAUUCUACGGCGAAGGUGUGGAAGAAUUGGGAGUGUCAGCAUACGCUUACAGGACAUGAAGCUACCGUGUGGGCUGUGUUGGCCGUUGGCGAGAAUGAGGUCUUAACGGGUAGCGCGGAUAAGACGAUCAGAUUCUGGAGAGACGGCAAGCAAGUGGCCGUAUUCACCGGUCACGAGGAUGUCGUGCGUGGGCUUUGCAGAGUCCCUGCCGUUGGCUUCGCGAGCUGCUCGAAUGAUGGAAGCGUACGAGUCUGGAGCGAGGACGGACAUCUUUUGCAGACGAUGUAUGGACAUACCAGUUUCGUGUAUGCCGUUGCCGCGUUGCCCACGGGCGAGAUCGUGAGUUGUGGUGAGGACCGCAGUUUGAGAGUUUGGAAAGAUGGAGAGUGCAUACAGACAAUCAUCCACCCUGCUAUCAGUGUGUGGGACGUUGCGGUCGCUCCGAAUGGAGAUGUGGUUACUGGAGCGAGUGAUGGUGUGGUUCGCGUCUUUACCAGGGAUCCAGCUCGUGUCGCGGAUGAAGCUACGUUGAAGCAGUACAAUGAGACAAUCGCCGCACAAGCCAUCCCAUCUAACCAGGUCGGCGAUGUGCAGAAGGACAAGUUACCCGGCCCCGAAGCUCUCACCCAACCCGGUACCAAAGAAGGCCAAGUCCUCAUGGUCCGCGUCGGUGCCAUGGUCGAAGCCCACCAAUGGUCCUCCGGCCAAUCCCAAUGGCUAAAAAUUGGCGAAGUCGUCGACGCCGUCGGCUCCUCCCGCAAACAGAUCUACGAAGGCAAAGAAUACGACUACGUCUUCGACGUGGACGUCCAAGAGGGUGCUCCACCCCUCAAACUCCCCUAUAAUGCGAGGGAGAACCCGUGGGAUGCUGCGGGUAGGUUUAUUGAGAGGAACGGGUUGCAACAGGAGUUUACGCAGCAGGUUGUUGAUUUUAUUAUUCAGAAUUCGAGCGGGGUUGCGAUUCCUGCGCCUGGGGGUGGUGCGGAUCCGUAUAAUGCUUCGAGGUAUGUUCCGCAGGGUGGAGUGAGUUCGGCGCCAGCGCCGGCUACGUUCCAAGAUCCGUAUCAUUCGAGAGCGGCGAGUACGGCUAGUCCGAAGGUCCCUAAGGUGUUGCCGCAGAAGAUCUACCUCUCGACGACGCAGGCGAACCUUCCUGCGUUGAAGAAGAAGGUGCUCGACGUCAAUGCGGAAUUGCUGAAAUCUGGCGAAAAGGGUAUCUCGCUCAACCCUGAGGAAAUCGUCGACUUGGAGGCUGUCAUCACGUUCUUGGAGAGCCACACGUUAAGUGAGGGGAGCAGUGUCGUUGAGAAUGGCUUGGCGGUUGCGGUCAAGAUUGGUACGAGGUGGCCUGGGAAUUUGAGAUUCCCCGGUGUUGAUUUGUUACGAUUGCUGGUGGCUGCUACUCCUGCCGCUUCAUCUGCCUCCUUUGAAGGCAAAGAUAUCGUGCAAAUUUUACUUGAGGCCGGACAGUUGGAUGGAUCACCUAUCACAAGUAAGGAGAGGGAGACGAAUGGUAUGCUCGCCAUUCGCGGUCUGGGUAACUUGUUUGAGGCAGAACAGGGAAGGAAAUUGGCUGUGCAGCAUUUUGAGGAUUUUUACGAUGCGGUAAGGGCUGGAAGCGAAGUCGAGGCGAAUAGGAAUUUGAAGGUGGCGAGUGCGACUGUGUUCUUGAAUUAUGCGGUACUCUUUCACGGAGAGAAGGAGGGAGAUCAUUCACUGGGAUUGUUGGAGCAGCUUGCGACGAUCAUUUCAAGCGAAACCGAUUCUGAGACCUUGUUCCGGGCGCUCGUCGCGUUGGGAACGCUGACGCACAACUCUCCCGAUAUCGCCGAGGCAGCGGCCGUUUUCGACGCGAAGACUGCUGUUCAAGGAGCCGCUGGACGCGUAAAAGAACCUAGGAUCAAGCAGAUUGCCGAGGAGAUUAUCUCUUCCCUUCCUUAG